AUGUCCGCCACAAUGAGAUCUGCUCAACUGAUCCGCAAUACCUCCGCACUGCGACCAACAUUAGCGGCUCGUACCCGUGCCAGUGCCCUUGGCCCAGCUUCUAUCGCUACGGCGAACAGCCUUCUCCGAAAUGGACGCGGCCUCCCUUCCCAUGUUACUGCUCUUGCGAUCUUGAUUCCUCAGCGUGGCUAUGCCACUGAGCAAUCUACCAACAACUCCUCUCAGUCAUACCCUCCCCCUGGCUUCAAUGCCGAGCAAGCGAAGAAGUCCCUUCCCCAAGACCAGGCGCAAUCGUCGCAAACAGUCGCCAAGGCUGCGAAACCCGAGACCGUUGAGCCCUCCAAGACAAAGGCGGCUAACAAGGCCGUUGCUGCUGAUUCUCAGAAGGGUCUAGCUGAGGAGAAGAAGGAUGCGAAGAAGCUUACAAUUGGUCAAAAGAUCAAGAAGGAGGUCCAGCACUACUGGGAUGGUACCAAGCUUUUGGCUACAGAGGUUAAAAUUAGUACCCGAUUGGCUGUCAAGAUGGCCGGAGGCUACGAGCUCAGUCGUCGUGAGCACCGCCAGCUCCAACGUACAACCAAGGACUUGGGUCGCUUGGUCCCUUUCUCCGUUUUCCUUAUCGUUCCAUUCGCCGAAUUGCUCCUCCCCAUCGCUCUUAAGAUCUUCCCCAACCUUUUGCCCAGCACCUACGAAGGCCAGAAGGCCCGUGAGACCAAGGCUUUGAACCUGAGCUCCACCCGCAAGGAGGUUUCCAGCUUCCUGCGAAACACAUUGCGCGAGACCGGCUUGCCCUUGACAGCUGCUACUGUUAAGAACGACGAGUUCACCGACUUCUUCCGCAAGAUCCGUACUACGGGCGAAGCCCCCUCUACCGAGGAUGUCAUCAAGGUCUGCAAGAUCUUCAAGGACGACCUUACCCUCGAUAACUUGUCGCGUCCUCAACUCGUCGCUAUCUGUCGCUACAUGAACCUUAACUCAUUCGGCACUGACGCCAUGCUCCGUUACAACAUCCGUCACCGCAUGCGCCAGAUCAAGCGUGAUGAUCGCGCUAUCUUCUACGAGGGCGUUGACUCUCUAUCCGUUCCAGAGCUUCAGAUGGCUAGUGCCUCCCGUGGUAUUCGCACACAUGGCGUUUCCCCUGCUCGUCUCCGUGAGGAUAUCACCAUGUGGCUUGAUCUGCGUCUUCAGAACGGCGUCCCCUCUACUCUCUUGGUUCUCAGCAAUGCCUACAUGUACACCCAGGGUGGCAAGGAGUCCGACAUGGCUUCUCAGAUUGAUGCUCUGAAGUCUGUUCUCUCUAGUAUCCCCGAGGAGCUGUUCCACGAGAUCGAGCUCGAGGUCCACAACGCCGAGGGCGCUGCUACCAACAAGCAGCGUCUGGAGGUUAUUAAGGAGCAGGAAGAGCUUAUCGAGGAGGAGAGCGAGCAGAACAAUGGAAACGAGGGUGUUGCUCCUGCUCCUAAGGAUAUUGAAGACAUUGACGAGAAGGAGGAGGCUCGUGCCGAGGCUUCUUCUAAGGGCAAUGGUGCUGAGAAGCAAUCUGCUGAAGCUACUGAGGCUGCUAGCGAGGGCGCCAAGGCUGAGCAGUCUGUUGAGAAGGCCGAGAAGAAGAGCGAAAGCUCGUAG